AUGCCGUCUUCCGAUACCAUAGCCUCCUCACUUGGCAGAUUAAAAAUCGACGACAAGAUCAAGUCCCGGAAAGCAGAGCCAGCAGAAUCAUGGGAAGAUGAAGUAGGCGAGGAGGAGGAGGAGGAGGACGGCUCCGCCAACCACAACAACGACGACAAUAACCAGGAAGAAGAGGACAGGAAAAGCAUUUCCACUCCCAUCCGACCCAACUUCCCCGGUCCACCUCCUCCCACACCAUCCUCGCCCACAGAAGCCCAAAAACGAGACCUGCAAUACCAGAAUUUCGGGCCAUUGAGCUAUUAUGAUACAGGAACCCCACCAUCAUCAUCACUUUCACGUGGAAAUAGUAAUAGUGGCGGUAGUGGUGACACGCCGCCCGAACGACGUCCAGAUAAGACGACCGCAGUGGCAUCUCGAUUGAUUGCAGCCGGGUUGGGACAGCGAGCGCCAAAGCGGACACCAGAGCAGCGUGAAUACGAUCAGGCGAUGAAGGUGCAGGAAAAGAAGAAACGGGACAAGGCAAAAGCAGAGGAGGAGCAAAAGCGGCGAGACACGGAAGCAGCGAAAAAGGCCAUCUGGGAUGACUGA